AUGUCAUUUGACCCACAUCUUUGCGACGAGUGCAAAGACAAUUUUAUUGAUGAAUGCCCCACACAUGGCCCUCCAGUAUUUGUGCCUGACACCCCUGUGCCAGUGGGUUGUCCUAACCGUGCCACCCUUACUAUCCCUAGUGGCAUUGAGGUCAUUCAGGAAGGCAGUGAGGUGGACGUGUACUGCGUAGACAAAGACAUUCCCAGGGGGGCAGUCUUCGGUCCUUACCAGGGUGAAGUGAUGUCACAGGACAAGUCCUCUGGUUUCUUUCCUUGGAUGUUGGUGGACAAAAACAACUCAUACAAAUCCAUUGAUGGUAGCGACGAAACCAAAGCUAACUGGAUGAGGUAUGUCCGAAACUCUUCAGAGGACAUUGAGCGAAACCUGACAGCCUUCCAGCAUGGUGAGCACAUCUACUUACGGGUGUGCCGUGACCUGUCAGUGGGAGAGAGACCUCGGGUAUGGUACAGUGAUGACUACAUGGACCGAUUACACCCCAUGGCCCAGGACACCAUUGACAGCAACUUGGCCACAGCUGCUGAGAACGGUGGGUCCCUGCCUGUGUGGUCAGAUUCGGAAAGUGAUCAGUCAGGACAUUAUGGCUUUAGUAGAGCUGUACAGCUCUCCAGAGAUCCAGGGACUGAUUAGGGAGAACAAGACCCGAACCAAGAGGAUCUUUGAGAUCCUAGCUAGCAGGCUGAAGGAGCAAGGCUUCCCCAUCAGUGAUGUGCCAGAGCAGGCGAGGGGGUGAUGCUUCCAGAAGUGGCAGAACCUGUCGAGGGUGUACAAGGAGUACGUCCUCCACCCAGAGAAUGCUGACAUGGCCAAGAGGAAGAUUCCAGCCUACUUCAACAGGCUCUAGGACCUCAUAGGCCACCGGUUCAGCCUUCAACUAGUUGAAGACUCCCCCGAGCCUGAUGGCAGCAUGGGAGAUGCUGAGGCAGAUGCAGGGGUUGAGGACAGUCUGUUACACAUUGUGGAGGUGCCGGCGAGCCCCAUUGACAUUGUCAGUCCCCCCUCCACUUCUGCCACCUUCUCCUUUUGACAUAGAGAAAAUCACCUCCGUGUUAGAACCAGUGGGUGGAAGAUAAGGAGGAUGGCAGAUAUAUUGGAUGUCUUUCAGGGUUAUAGGGAGGAGGACAAACGAUUGCAAGAGGAGAGGGAAAGGAGGGCAGAGGAGCGCUUUAAUCAGCUGCGAAGCCUUCUGCAGCAACAGCACACCGAGACUAUGGCGGUGAUGAGAGAACUGAUCAAUUCCAUGAAGACGAAAAAACUUGAUAUAUAUAUAUAAAUAUUAUAUAAGUUUGGACACACCUACACACCUACUCAUUCAAGGUAUUUUUAAUUUUUUUAAACUAUUUUCUACAUUGUAGAAUAAUAGUGAAGACAUAAU